CGGCAGCGUCCUGGCCAGGGGUGGUGCCGCCGAUACGUUGCUUCCCCCUCUAGCCUCUCCGUUUCUGUGCUCUUUCAUGCAGCCGGGGAAGAUCGCAGCAGUGGCAAUUGGGCCCUGCCAAAGGUGCAGCUAUGGUCGGCGUCUUCUCCUACGAGAGCUUGGUCCAUGCCGUGGCUGGAGCUGUGGGUAGUGUGACAGCAAUGACUGUGUUUUUUCCUCUGGAUACAGCUAGACUAAGACUUCAAGUGGAUGAAAAACGCAAAUCAAAAACCACACAUGCAGUUCUUUUGGAGAUAAUUAAAGAAGAAGGCAUCAUUGCACCAUAUCGAGGGUGGUUCCCUGUUAUCUCCAGCCUUUGUUGUUCCAAUUUCGUCUAUUUCUAUACAUUUAAUAGUUUAAAAACUCUUUGGGUUAAAGGUCAUCAUUCAACUACAGGAAAGGACUUAAUUCUUGGUAUGGUUGCAGGUAUAGUGAAUGUACUGUUGACUACUCCGCUCUGGGUGGUAAACACCCGUCUUAAACUCCAGGGGGCAAAAUUUAGAAAUGAAGAUAUUAUACCAACCAAUUACAAAGGCAUUGUAGAUGCCUUUCAUCAGAUAAUACGAGAGGAAGGAAUCUUGGCUUUGUGGAAUGGUACUUUCCCCUCACUGCUGUUAGUAUUUAACCCUGCCAUACAAUUCAUGUUUUAUGAAGGGCUUAAAAGGAAAAUUUUAAAAAGACAACUGCAGCUGUCUUCACUGGACGCCUUUGCUAUUGGAGCAAUAGCCAAAGCAAUUGCUACUACUCUCACUUACCCUAUGCAGACAGUGCAGUCAAUUUUACGGUUUGGACAUCACCGACUGAACCCUGAAAACAAGAGAUUAGGUAGUCUUAAAAAUGUUCUCUACCUUCUUCAACAAAGAAUAAAGCGCUUUGGAUUAGCAGGACUCUAUAAAGGACUAGAAGCAAAGCUACUCCAGACAGUCCUCACUGCUGCACUCAUGUUCCUUGUCUACGAAAAACUUACUGCUAUUACUUUCACAGUCAUGGGAUUAAAGCAUCCAUCGAAGAACUAAAAUAUUUGACUAUAAAGCAUAUAACUCUUAGAAAAAAAAUCAGAAUAUCUACAAAUGAUUGGGUGCCAUAAACAAUUUUAUCCCAAGGCCAAAAUUUUGUUUUAUUGUGCUUGUGUUUUCAAUCACAACUGUUGAAUGUAGCUACAUUCAAGUAUCUAGAAGGCAUUUUCUUUAUUCAGUUCUACAUAAAGAUUGGAGCAUUCUUUGAUUUUUCAUAUAUUUUAAAAUAACCUUUUACCACUAAUUCUCCAUUUGCUAAUACCAGAUGGUAUUUCAAAUAUUUGGUGUUAUAUGAUCAUCUUAAUAAUCAGUCCAGUAAAGAUUUUAUUAAAAAUUGCCCUUAGAAGAUAAGCUUUAAUUGACAAAGAAUGUUUAAUUGUCUUGGAAGAGUUGAAUUGUAUUCUCUUAUGCCUUCCCAUACAGCAACUUAAGAAUUUUGAAGAAUGCAUUUGAAAUUGUUAUAACCAUCAAUUUUAUUACCAUUUUAAUGCUUAAUUAAAUAUUGUGCCAGGCUUCCCUAGUAUUAUAAAAUUGGAUAAUAUCCAUAAAUAUAGAAUAUUAAUCAUGUCAUAUUUCUGACAUUUAAGAAAUUAAAAUUAUCCCAUACAUAUUCCUCUCCCUCUUCUAUCAUAUGAACCAUUUUAACAUAAUUUUUUAGGGUUAAUAAACAAAAUUAGUUACUGCAGCCAUGCUGAAAGAAGAAAAUAAAGAUGGAAUAUGCAAGUUUAUGAUUCUUAUUGUGAUAAACCAUAAUGUUGUACUAUCUGUAUAUUAAAUAAAUGCACAUAUACCCUAUUAUUAAAAUUAUAAUUAAAUUUUGAAAAAAGAACCAACCCACAGCAAAUAAUAAACAUUCCAUGUUGUAACUAUAAUAAGUGAAAGACUAAGAAUUAUUCAAGAGUAUUUAUUAUUACUUCAGAUCCAUAAUUGAUUAAUAAAGAAUAAACCUGUUUUGAAAUUG